GGGACACCCAGCCCUCCCGUGACACGCCCUUCUGUUAAUUGGCUUGAUGACAGGAUAAGACAAAGAAAACUCACAUACGAGACUCAGUGGGAGCUGAAAAGUCGGUUGCUCGUUCAUCUAUGGAGAUGGCUGCGGGGCUCCCGCUUCCCCUGGCGGCGCUCCCGGGGCUGCUGCUCUUCCUGUGUGCGGGGCCCUGGGCCGAGGGCGGGAAGGUGCUGGUGGUCCCCAUGGAGGGCAGCCACUGGCUCAGCAUGCGGAAGGCCGUGCAGGAGCUCCACGCCAGGGGCCACCAGAUCGUGGUCCUUUCACCGGAGGUGACUCUGCACGUCAAGGAGGAAGACUUUUUCACCCUGAAAACCUACCCCAUUCCCUACACCCAGGAUGAAUUUCAGUAUCUCGUGUUGGGCCAGAGCCACCUGAUUUUUGAAAGAGUACACUAUCUAAAAGCAUUUUGGAAAAGCAUGGCAGUUUUGAAAAACGUGUCUGUCAUCUUUCAGAAGUCUUGUGAGGAGCUGGUGCGUAACGGGGACCUGGUCAGGCAGUUGAAUGCCAGUGCCUUCGAUGUGGUUUUGACGGACCCUGUCUACCCCUGCGGGGCAGUGCUGGCUCAGUACCUGUCCCUUCCUGCCGUGUUUUUCCUGCGUGCCAUUCCAUGCGACCUUGACUUUGAGGGCACGCAGUGCCCAAACCCUUCCUCGUAUAUCCCCAGGUUACUAACAAGGCAUUCGGACCACAUGACGUUCCUGCAAAGGGUCAAGAACAUGCUCUACCCCCUGGUCAUGCAGUACCCUUGCCACGUUUCCUUGUCUCCUUAUGCGAGCCUGGCCUCUGAGCUCCUGCAGAGAGAGGUGUCGCUGGCGGAUGUUUUCGGCUACGCGUCCCUGUGGCUGUUCCGAGGGGACUUCGUGUUGGACUACCCCAGGCCGCUCAUGCCCAACAUGGUCUUCAUCGGGGGCAUCAACUGUGCCCACAGGAAGCCACUGUCUCAGGAAUUCGAAGCCUACGUUAAUGCCUCCGGCGAGCAUGGCAUUGUGGUUUUCUCCCUGGGCUCGAUGAUCUCAGAGAUCCCAGAGAAGAGAGCUAUGGAGAUCGCCGACGCUUUGGGCAAGAUACCUCAGACGGUCCUGUGGCGGUACACCGGAACCCGGCCGCCCAACCUUGCCAAGAACACAAUCCUGGUCAAGUGGCUGCCCCAGAAUGACCUGCUUGGCCACCCGAAGACCCGCGCCUUUAUCACGCAUUCUGGCUCCCACGGCAUCUACGAAGGAAUAUGCAACGGGGUCCCCAUGGUCAUGCUGCCCUUGUUCGGGGACCAGAUGGACAAUGCGAAGCGCAUGGAGACCCGGGGCGCAGGCGUGAGCUUGAACGUCCUGGAAAUGACCUCCGAGGAUUUAGCCAAUGCCCUCAAAACCGUCAUCAAUGACAAAAGCUACAAGGAAAACAUCAUGCGCCUCUCCAGCCUUCACAAGGACCGCCCCAUCGAGCCGCUGGACCUGGCCGUGUUCUGGGUGGAGUUCGUGAUGCGGCACAAGGGAGCGCCGCACCUGCGCCCCGCGGCCCACGACCUCACCUGGUACCAGUACCAUUCUUUGGACGUGAUUGGCUUCCUCUUGGCCAUUGUGCUGGGGGUGGUCUUCAUCGUCUACAAAAGUUGUGCCUUUGCCUGCAGCAAAUGUUUCGGGAAAAAACGGCGGUCUAAGAAACCCCAGAAGUCCAAGGCGCACUGAGGAGCAGGGGGGGAAACGAAGGGGCCGAAUCUGCGGAGUCCGUGUUAAAUUCAUGUCAUGCCCAUUGAAGGAGUACUUUGCUGCAUUCCGUUAGACACCCCAGGGUGUUUUUUUUUUAAGUAAAAAUAAUUUAAUUGGUAGUCACACCUGUAGGUAGAAAUAUUUGAAAAUGUUUUCUGCGCCCCCUCCCCCCCUGCGCCAGUACCUUUAAUUGGACCACACUCGCUACCUCUCAGACGAUUGGCCGAGAGGGGUGGGCGGGGCCUCCUUAGCUCCGCCCUACUUCUCUCCCUCAUGAGGGGGCCAGUUUGGGAGCCCAGCCUGCCUCCUCGCCGCCGGUGACGGUUCUGACACCAUCUGCCUGGAAACACUGUUGUAAUCAAUUCCUUCGGUAGGGAUGGCAGCUCCCGAUUUAUUUCCACGCGUCACAGAUGUCACUCUGUGCACGUCAUGAAGGCAACGUGCGUUCCUUUCACGCCUGGUGCCUUGUACUUGAAUGAAUGGUGACAUAGCAUCCUUUGAGAGCAGUGUAUGAUUUCUAUCUUUGGGGGGAAAGACUGAGUGCCAAAGGGGGGGGCAGCGUGUUUGAGAGGGCACUCACUGCUUGUGCCAAACGCAUCUGACUUUGAUAAAAGCCCAAAGUGUAUUUUUUUCUCUGGUGUACAUUUCCCACAACUAAAAACAGAUCAAUAAAUUUGUAUGUCGUAUUU